AUGUCAAUUCCGCGACUGGAACUACAAGCUGCAGUUAUCGGAGUUCGCCUGAUGAAGUCGGUACAGGACAAUCACACGCUACCGAUUAGCCGUCGUUUGUUCUGGGGAGAUUCCAAAACGGUGCAGUCCUGGAUUCGUUCAGACCAGCGGAAGUAUCGGCAGUUUGUGGCAUACAGGAUCAGUGAAAUUUUGAGCGAAACAAGUGUAGAUGAAUGGAGAUGGGUCCCAACACGACUAAAUGUAGCAGAUGACGCCACGAAAUGGGGAAAAGGGCCUAACUUUCAAACAGGCGGUCGUUGGUUCACCGGACCGUCGUUCCUUUACGAGGAUGAGUCAUCUUGGCCAAAUGAGUACUCGCCACCAGAUACUCCUGAAGAAAUGCGCUCGGUACAGGCCCAUCACCGAGCAAUUCCGGAAACCCUAAUAGCUUAUCAACGUUUCUCUAAAUUUCAACGAUUACUACGAACAAUGGGUUACGUACUUCGCUUCAUCGCUCGCUGUCAAAGAAAGUCUAAAUUCGAAGAUCCUUGUAUUGGGUUUUUGACGAAGCAAGAGUUGCAAGCAGCAGAAGUUGUAUUGUGGAAACUAGUGCAGACCGAAGAGUAUCCCGAAGAAUUGCUAACGAUCCGCAAGAAUAUGAAGCAGCAUCCAGAACAUGCGAAGCAUUUGGCUCAUAGUAGUCCACUACGGAAGCUGUCAGUUUUCCUCGACGACCACGGUGUGCUACGGAUUGAUGGAAGAAUUGGUUCUGCUGAAUUCGUACCAUACGCACCGAAGUAUCCCGUAGUUCUCCCGAAAAAACAUCGUUUUACAGAGUUACUUGUCGAGUACUUUCACCAACAGUACGCACACGGAUAUAGGGAAACUGUAACAAACGAGCUUCGACAGGUCUUCUAUAUUCCCAGUUUAAGAACUCUUGUCCGAAAGGUGGCCAGAGAAUGUGUUUGGUGCGCAGUGUACCGUGCUGUUCCCAAAAUACCACGAAUGGCACCCCUUCCAGCUCCUCGAGUUACACCAUACGUUCGACCAUUCAGCUUCAUCGGUAUCGACUAUUGCGGUCCCUUCUUAAUUCGCAUCGGAAGAAGCAGUGUGAAGCGAUGGAUUGUACUCAUCACUUGCUUGACUAUACGAGCUGUACAUCUAGAGAUAGCUUACACUUUAUCCACUGAGUCGUGCAAGAUGGCUCUCCGGCGGUUUAUAGCCAGAAGGGGUGCCCCGCAGGAGAUAUACAGCGAUCAAGGCACGAAUUUCGUCGGUGCAAGUCGGGAGUUACGUGCAGAAAUUACGGCUGUAAAUCGUGAGUUAGCUGGAACAUUCACGAACCGUGAUACCCAAUGGCGGUUCAACCCUCCUGCGGCUCCACAUAUGGGUGGGGCAUGGGAACGCCUGGUACGCACGGUGAAGUCUACGUUGGAAACAAUUUCUGUCAGCAGAACACCGAAUGAAGAAACCUUCAAGACACUCCUGACCGAAGUUGAGGGAAUCAUCAAUUCCAGGCCCUUGACCUUCGUACCAUUAGAGAUGGAAGACGAUGAAGCGCUAACGCCCAACCACUUCCUUAUGUUGAGCUCUAGUGGUGUGGUUCAGCCAAUGCAGAUGCCCAUGAAUGACAGCGGACGUAAGCUCAGGGCUAACUGGGAUCACAUACGGAGUCAACUGGACGAGUUUUGGACGAAGUGGAUCAAAAGUUACCUGCCAAUGAUAUGCCGUCGUACGAAAUGGUUCGACGACGUCAAACCGGUAAAAGUUGGAGACUUGGUUGUCGUUGUCGAUGAAGGUGUGCGAAACAGCUGGACUCGUGGAAAAGUAGUGAAGGUGGUUCCUGGCAAGGAUGGUCGGGUACGUAAGGUAGAGGUGCAAACUACAAAAGGAGUGUUCCAGCGAUCGGUUGCCAAGGUGGCAGUGCUUGAUGUAGCUGUGGAUAGUAUAGCUGAGGCAAACCAGCAGCAAUACGGGAAGGGGAAUGUGCGGGAGACGGCCCACUGUGCGCACUACCACCACGCUGAUUGA